UAUUUAUUUCUCUCGACUGUAAGUAUAAGCAGAGCUCUCUCUCUCUCUCUCUCUCUCUCUCUCUCUCAGCUCUCCGUGGUUCGCACUUUACAGUCUCCCAGAAUGGCUGUAAUUCAAACCACCCAACUGCCAAUCACCACCAUGACCAGCUUUUCAUUUCCAGCGCCACCAUCGUUGCCGCUUCUUCGGUUUUCCUUAUCCUCUAUGAGAAUCCAUGAACCCAACUUCCAUUCUCUCACCAUACUUAAUAGACCCUCUUCUCUAACUUCGACAAUAACAACAACAAAAAGGAAGCUACUCUGCAAACCUCCUUCAGCAAAGUAUGUGAGGGAGGACUAUUUAGUGAAGAAAUACUCAGCUCAGGAGGUUCAGGAACUCCUGAAGGGGGAAAGGACUGUACCUAUCAUCAUUGAUUUCUAUGCGACGUGGUGCGGUCCUUGUAUUUUGAUGGCUCAGGAGCUGGAACUGCUUGCUGUGGAGUAUGAGAGCAAUGCUUUGUUCAUUAAGGUUGACACAGAUGAUGAGUAUGAAUUUGCCCGUGAUAUGCAGGUCCGAGGUUUGCCAACCCUGUUUUUCAUUAGUCCUGCUCCAAAUAAGGAUGCAAUUCGGACUGAAGGGCUCAUCCCAGCACAGAUGAUUAGGGAUAUCAUUGAUAAUGAAAUGUGAGCAAGGGAGUGCAAGUCAUUCAAUUACUGCAAUUUCGUGUUCCAAACUUGAUCAGAAUUGGGUGAGGUCAUCCCCUUUUCUAGAAGAUCAUUUGACAGGACUGAUGGCCUAGGUUAGACACAAACAGGUGGAUGGGUUAAUUGCACGUUCAUAGAAAUGCUAAAAUGCAUUUACCUCCUAUAUUGAUAGUGAAAGUCUUCCUGGUUCUUGGUCCAGGAUGUUGGUUGCUGAUGGUUCCAGGUGCCACAGAUGAACUUUAAAGAAGUUGAUUGUAUAAAGCUUUACAUGGGGUUGGGCCCUGUUUGAACCGUGUACUUUGGUGGUUAGGAUAGAUGUGUUAUUUAUUGGUUAGUCAUGUGCAUUGUGUGUUGAGCUUCUUCCAACAAAAAUCUGCCCUUACAAUUC